AGUCAGGCCUCUCGGGAGAACCUGGGGAGAUCCGGCACUGUCAGCCCCUUCUCAGGGAUCAGCACGUGGAUCCAACUCCUCCUCAAAGCCCAGCCCCAGACCAGCAGAUAGGAGAGCAAGAAGCUUCAGCUUGGCCUUAAGGAACAACUGUGUCUACAGCCGGUUCAGAAAAGAGUGUUGAGAGCUGAACCCAGAAUCAGAGGAGAAAUGAGUGAUCCUCAGCCUUUGGAGGAGGAGGAGUAUGAUAUGUCAGGCGCCCGCCUGGCCCUGACACUGUGUGUUACCAAAGCCCGGGAAGGUUCCGAGGUAGACCUGGAAGCCCUGGAAGGCAUGUUCCAGUACCUGGGAUUCAAGAGCAUCAUGAAAAGAGAUCCCACUGCUCAGCAAUUCCAAGAAGAGAUGAAAAAGUUCCAGCAGGUCAUAGAUAGCUGGGAAGAGCCUGUCAGCUGUGCCUUCGUGGUGCUCAUGGCCCAUGGGGAAGAAGGCUUCCUCGAGGGAGAAGAUGCGGAGAUGGUCAGGCUGGAUGACCUCUUCCAGGUCCUGAACAACAAGAACUGCCAAGCCCUGAGAGCCAAGCCUAAAGUGUUCAUUGUGCAGGCCUGUCGAGGAGAGCACAGGGACCUCGGCGAAACAGUAGGUGGUGAUAAGGUCCUGAUGAUCACUGACGACAGCCCUCAAACCAUCCCCACGUACACGGACACCCUCCAUGUCUACUCCACGGUGGAGGGUUACAUUGCCUACAGACACGAUGAGGAAGGCUCCUGCUUCAUUCAGACGCUGGUGAAGGUGUUCAAAGACAGAAAAGGAUCCAUCCUGGAACUUCUGACCGAGGUCACCCGGCGUAUGGCAAAUAAAGAGCUGCUUCAGGAAGGGAGAAUGAGGAAAGUGAACCCUGAAAUCCAAAGCACCCUCCGGAAACGGCUCUAUCUGCAGUAAAAGUAGAAAAGACAGGGAGAAGCUCUCCUGUGAUGUUCUCUUGGUCCCACAGAUAUUUACAGGGCAACUGACACCAUUCCUCAAAAUCUUCUCUUCCUAAUCUUUCCUCGCACCCCCUCAUCCAUGUCCUUCUUAGAGCGAGCCAGCCAAAUCUGAGCACAAGACAUGAUGGUAACAUGAACAUCACCUCCCUCAGGCUGGCCUCGCUACCUCCAUUAAUGCAACCUCAGGGUGCAUUCACUUAUCCUACUUUGUGCUUCUGUGCUCAACUGAGAUCUUCCUCUUCCUCCUGUGAAUCAUAUCCAUACUAAACUACCUAGUUAAACUCAAGAUUUUCCACUGACAAACCAAUGCUUGCUGCCCACCUCUUACCCCAAUGAAACCUUUGCUGGCCCCUGCAACUCACUUGGAGUUAGAACCACCUUGUGAGCCCACAUUCUUUUGCAUCUCCCAGGGGUUCACUCCUGAACCCUAGAAUUAUCCUCCUUCACCCUGCUUCCUGGCUAGCAAGUUAGAGCCUUGACACAUUCUCCUCAGAGUGACUUUAGUGGCUUUUUCUCUGGAUAAUGCAGCUGCCUCUUCCUUUUCUGGUUCUCUUCCUCCUAUGCUUCUCCUCAUAAGUUCCUGGACUCUGCCUUCUCUCUAAGAAAAAUCUAUCCAUUCCUUUCUCUGUUCCUUCAAUUUCAACUUUCAGCCACUCUGAAUCAGAGUAUGAUGGAGCUAUGGCAGAUCCUCUGGUAUCACCCCGUUAUUUUACAAAUGAAGUAACAGAGGCCCAGAGAAGUUAAAUAAUUUGUCAGUUGCAACACAGGAAGCCAGAGGCACAGUAGAUUUCUAACUUCCAACACACCUUCCCUUCCACCAUCUGCUAGGUCUUAAUCUAUUAGAAAGGGUUUCUAAUUAUAACUACCUACCAAAUGUUGACCCUAUGUUGGAGGGAAGAUCUCUUUGGAAAACUUCUAGAAAUUCUCAAUAGCCACCAGCUUGGGGGCCACCCUGUAGAAUUUCAGCACUGGGCUGAAAUGUGGACCAGAUGCAUGUUCUGCCAAGUUAUGGUCCAUGCUGUAUAGAUGUAGCCACCAUCAUUGAAAAUUCAUUGAUAAUGAGUCUUUUUUUUUUUUUUUUUGGUACUGGGGAUCAAACUCAGGACCUUGCUCUUG